CUUAUAUACAUAUACAUGUGUGUGUGUGUGACUGUGUGUGUGUGAGAGAGAUGAUUUAAGUUGGCAAAAAAUAUCAAGCAUAAAACAAAUGUCCAUCCAAUCAUCUACAUAUGGUGUGGGAACAUUUUCAUAAACCCCACUCACCCUUAUACAUCAUAUCAUAUCACAUAUAUACUUAUCAGUAAUUUCUCUAUAUUUCUAUCUUUCUCUCUCUCACACACAUACACACACACACAUAGAGAGAUACCAGAGAGUGCAUGUAGGGGUGUCUGUCUAAAUUAAGGUGUUGGUGGUUUGGAAGUUUUGAGGUUGUUUGUGUUGAUGAAAAUGGGGAGAAAAUGCUCACAAUGUGGGAACAUAGGCCACAAUUCAAGAACUUGCAAUAACAUUUCCAAAGGGGCAGCCAUUAACGGUGUUUGUGGAUCAGUGAGACUGUUUGGUGUGCAGCUUGAUAAUAUCUCCUCGUAUUCGUAUACUAAUAAUAAUAAUAUUCACAUGAAGAAAAGCUUCAGCUUGGACUGCUUAUCGUCCACACCGUCAGCCCUAUCGUCUUCUUCCUCCUUAUCGUCUUCGACAAGAAUUCCAAUCAACGAUGAUAAAGCAUCCAUCGGUUAUCUCUCUGAUGGCAAUUUAGCCAGAAUCCCUGAAAGAAAGAAAGGAGUUCCAUGGACAGAAGAGGAACAUCGAACAUUCCUAAUAGGGCUGGAGAAGCUUGGAAAGGGAGAUUGGAGGGGAAUUUCAAGAAACUAUGUAACUUCGAGAACACCAACUCAAGUUGCUAGUCAUGCUCAGAAGUAUUUUCUCCGACAAGCCUCCAUCACCAAGAAAAAACGACGUUCCAGCCUCUUCGACAUGGCUGGUGGAAAAGACAAUGCUGGUUCGGAAAAAGUCUCCACAAACAACUCGAAAUGGCGAGUUCGUUUUGACCUGAAUUCAUUUGGAGGCGAUGAAGAUGAUGAUGAUUGCAAGAAAUCAAGCGAGCGAGAAUGUGGUGGCGAAAUAUCUCCAUUAAUUGCUUCUUCACAAGAAAAUUUCGUUUGGUCAUACGAAUCUUCUUACUCUUCAAAUGCAGGAGCUCCACCUUUGGAACUUACAUUAUCAGCUCCAAUGGGACCGAUUGGCGUCUCUUGAUCCUUAUGAAUAAUUUGUUAUCGAGCAUUCUAGUUAUCUAUUAUGCUGUAGUAUUGCAAUAAUUUGUUAAUUUAAUUACAACUUAAAAAGUAUUUUUACAGUCUGGUGUUUUGGUUUUAUAGCUAUAUAAUGUUGCAAGUAAUUAGACAGCACUGUAAAGUUUUGAGCUUGAGUUAUCAACGGAACGUAAUUGAUUGUACUAGUUUCGACCCGUGAAUAGACACAAUUGAAUAA